UGCUUAUAUUGGUAUUAUUGAGGAGAUACAUUUCUCCAAAUAAUCCUGACAGACCUUUAUGUACUUCAUAAAUAUUGCAGAUCUCAUAUUGAAAAGAUUCAUUAUGAAGGAAUGACUCUUUUAAUAUGAAAUAGGUAGCAAGAAAAAGCUAAAAAAGGACAGAACAGGGAAAUAACACUGUGUAUCUUCUUUUAUCUCCUGCUGAGUGAGCAAGAACAAGAUGGCUUGGCCCAGUGGAUAAUAAUAUUUCAGGACAGGUAAAUGCCUGGAAAACCUGGCCACGCAGUAUUAAGAGCUCCGGCUGCUAACCAAAAGGUCACCAGUUUGAAUCCAACUUGCGCUCCUUGGAAACGCUAUGAAGCAGCUCUACUCUGUCCUACAGGGUCACUAUGAGUCAGAAUCGACUCGAUGCCAAAGGGUAAAUGCCUAUUUAUUACAUCCGUUGAUAUCUGUUUUGCUGCAAGGAGAUAAAUAACCACUCUGUUUGAGAAAAUGGCUAUGGAGACAGAAUACCCCAACCAGACUAUGGUGAGCUACUUCUGUCUGGGGGGCCUGAUGUUUACAGCUGAACAUCCUACCCUCUUCUUCCUCCUCUUGCUCCUUAUCUACAGCAUCACCAUGACUGGGAAUCUCCUCAUUCUCUUAACUGUGGGCUCUGAUCCUCAUCUCCGCUCCCCCAUGUACCACUUCCUUGGGCACCUUUCCUUCCUGGAUGCAUGUUUGUCUACAGUGACAGUGCCCAAGGUAAUGGCAGGUCUCCUGACUCUGGAUGGGAGGGUGAUUUCCUUUGAGGGCUGUGCUGUUCAACUUUACUGCUUCCACUUCCUGGCCAGUACUGAGUGCUUCCUUUACACUGUCAUGGCCUAUGACCGUUACCUGGCUAUCUGUCAACCCCUGCAAUACCCAGUGACCAUGAAUAGGCGAAUGUGUGCAGGGCUGGCUGGGAUCACCUGGGCCAUAGGUGCUGUUCACUCUGCAAUCCAUACCUCCCUCACCUUCCACCUGCUCUACUGUGGACCUCACCACAUCGCUUACUUCUUCUGUGACAUUCCCCCUGUGCUGAAGCUAGCCUGUGCAGACACCACCAUCAAUGAAAUUGUCAUCCUUGCCAACAUUGGCAUUGUGGGUACAGGCUGUCUGUUCCUAAUCGUCACAUCCUACAUCUUUAUUGUGGCCGCUGUGUUGGGGAUCCGUACAGCUAAGGGACGGCAGCGUGCUUUCUCCACGUGCACUGCACACCUCACAGUGGUGCUCUUGUACUACAUGCCACCUGUGUGUAUCUACCUGCAGCCUCGCUCCAGUGGGGCAGGAGCUGGGGCCCCUGCUGUCUUCUACACAAUGGUCACUCCAAUGCUCAACCCUUUCAUUUACACUCUGCGGAACAAGGAGGUGAAGCGCACUCUGAGAAGGCUUCUGUGCCAAGGCUUCCUGGAGUCUCCACCCAGCAGCCCAGCCCCCUAGCCUCACUGUGACUAUCUUAUUUGCCUGCUGGGAAAGCAACUGUUCACUUAUCAAAAUAAAGAGGGAAUAUCAGUCAAGUGGAAAUCAGAACAAUCGAGUUUCAGCUCAACCAUUAUUUUAUUCCUUUGGUAAAGUGAUGCCUCAAUCACAAACUUUAGAAAAUAA